GACGGCGUCGGGCACUUCCCAAAACCGGAGGCGGCGGCGGAGCCCCGAAGGGGGAAGUGAUGCGCCUUUCGGGUCCUCGCCCUCCGCGCGGGACAGGCGGCUCUGCUCGGCGCGCUGGCGGGACGCGCGCGGAGAAAACAGCCCCCCAGCAGAGCGCAGAGCGAACGAACCGGUGUUGAAAGACCUGCCGAGAACCGAAACCGGUUCCUCCCCCUCUGUGCCCGAGGUCGGGCUGGAUGGAAAUCGCCCCCAGCUGCCGAAGCCCCUCGGUGGUUUCUGCCCCGUGGUUGACACGUCACCGGCUGCAAUCUCUCCGCGAACCCCCCUCGUCCCUCCGGCCCGGACGCCGGUGGUGCCUGUGCCGGACCGCCAUGGCCCCCGUCCUGCGACUCAUCCUCCUGGCCGGCCUCAUCCCGCACGUCCUUGGCUCGUGGGGCGUCUCCUACCCUGAAGCCCUGCGGGGCCUGGCGGGCUCGUGCGUGGUGAUCCCCUGCGCCUUCAGCUACCCCAGCAGCGUCUCGGCCAGCGAGGGCAUCGUGGCCAUCUGGUACAAGGAUUACGACGGCCAGAAGACCGUGGUCUACCACUCGGCAGCCCAAGACGAGGUGGACGACAGGUUCCGGAGCCGCACCAGGCUCCUGGGGGACCCCGCUGAGCACAACUGCACGUUGCUGCUCAGGGAGGUGACACCCGAGGACAGAGGGAGCUACAGGUUCAGGUUCGAGAUUGUGAACGGCGACCGGUGGUCAGCCGCGCGGGACGUGGUGCUGAUGGUGUCGGAUGACCCCGAGUGCCCGAACAUUGCAGCAAAUGAGGAGAUCUCCGAGGGGGUUGUGUCCACCUUCAACUGCUCCACUCCCUACGCCUGCCCCUUCAGCACCAUCAGCCUGCACUGGAGGGGCUACAACGUGCAGGUCUCCACUGUGUCCAACAGUGUCCAGCUGGACACCAACGGGGUGAAUCAACGCCAGACCCUCAGCACCUCCUUCUCCUGGAAGGACCACUCCAAAAAACUGUUCUGCGAUGUUUCCUUGGGAUCCAGGAAGGCCGUAGGGGAGGUCAUCCUGUGGGUGAGACAUGUCCCUAAGGAUGUCAAGGUCUCCAUGAACCUCUCCACGCAGAACAUCCGUGUGGGCGACAUGGUGUCCUUCACCUGCACUGUGAACAGCAGCUACCCGCCGGUCACCGCGUACCGGUGGUACAAGGAUGGUGCGGUUGUGGCUGGCGAGCAGGUCCUGACCCUCCAGCAGGUCCGUCGUGAGGACUACGGCCAGUAUCACUGUGAAGCCGAGAACUCAGUCGGGUCUGGAGCGGCACCGGCUGUGACCCUCUACGUCUUCUCUGCAGAGGUCUCCGUGAGCCCCGCGGCCAAGGUGCGGGAGGGGACUGCGGCCACGUUGUCCUGCAACGUGCCCGGCAGGGAGAGCCAAGACCUCAACUACACUUGGUACAAGAACAGCGUGUGGCUCAAGGAGGGCCCUGCUCACUCGCUGGUGUUUCCUGAUGUGGCCGUCGGUGACACGGGCUACUACUCCUGCAAGGUGCAGAACGACCUGGGCAGCGUGACGUCCCAGGCCAUCAGCCUCAGCGUGACAUAUCCGCCCCGGACCCCAGCUAUUACCCUGUUCCAGGAGACACAGGAUGGCAAGCUGGCUAUCGUGCACUGCACCGUGGACAGCCACCCGCUGGCCACCAUGGCCCUCUACCACGAUGGGAACCUGGUGGCCACCACCAAUUCCCAUGCGGCGCCCGGCCAGCGGCUCAGCAUCACUACCUCCCGCAACUCCCUGCGGCUGGAGAUCCGUGCCGUGACGCACGCGGACAGCGGGGAAUACCGCUGCACGGCCAGCAACGCCCACGGCAACGCCACUGCUGCCAGGCCGUUCACUGCUCGGACCGCGCGGGUGCUGAUCCAGCCCUCGGCGGAGGUGCGCGAGGGGGACGCCGUCGCCCUGACGUGCCAGACCGCCCAGCCCGCGGCCACCUUCACCUGGUUCAAGAACGGCAGGCGGCUGGCGGAGAGCGCGGAGGCGGCGCUGCUCUUCCCGUCCGUCCGCGCCCGGGACGCGGGUGCUUUCCACUGCCGAGCCCGGAGCGACGGUGGUGACGGCGGUGACACCUCGGCGGCCGUGCCCCUGCGCGUGCUCUUCCCACCAAGACUACCUGUGAUGAGCUCCUUCCUGGAGACCCAGGGCGGGCACCUGGGCAUCAUUCAGUGCACUGUCGACAGUGACCCAGAGGCACAACUGACCCUACUCAGAGGAGAAGAAGUAAUAGCCUGCACAUGGGACUGCCACCUAGCCACCAACCCACGGGUCCAUGCGACCCCAUCAUACAACAGCCUGAAGGUGGAGAUCCAGGAGGUGGUGCUGGAAGAUGAGGGGACCUAUGUGUGCUUGGCAAAGAACCUGCAGGGCAACGCAAGUGCCUCUAUGGACUUCACGGCUGAGACUGCCCGAAUCCAGGUGGACCCCUCCUCCCGGGUGCUGGAAGGCCAGCCCGUCAACCUGACCUGCUGGGUGAGCAGCGACGCCCCGGCUCUGCCCAACUUCACCUGGUACCGAAACGGCCAGCGGCUCGCCGAGGCCUCGGCGGCCUCCCUGCUGCUCCAGGCAGCGGCCAGCGCGGACGCGGGGCUCUACUACUGCAAAGCGACGACGGACAGGACCAGCCGGAGCUCCGCCGCGGUCCCCCUGGACGUGCUGUACCCCCCAAGGAACCCCCGGGUGACUCUGUUCCUGGAGAUGCAGAGAGGAAGGCUGGCCGUCUUCCAGUGCUCGGUGGAGAGCAACCCUCCUGCCCAACUGGACCUCUACAAGGGAGACGAGCUCGUGGCCUCCAGCGACCUGGGGAGCAGCCCCAGCCAGCGAGUCAGCAUCGUGGCCUCCCCAAACACCCUCCGAGUGGAGAUCCGGGAUGUCACGCUGACGGACGAGGGCAGCUACCGCUUCGUCGCGACCAGCGCACACGGCACCGUGUCCCAUCGCCUGUAUUUCCGUGUGCAGACGGCCAGAGUCCUUGUUGUGCCAUCCACGGAGGUGACAGAAGGAGAUGAUGUCUCGCUGACAUGCGACUUGAUGGGAGACCCACUGGAAGACACUGUCUACUCAUGGUACAAGAACAGCAAGCAAGUCCAGGAAAGCUCAGACAACUUCCUUGCACUGCCGCAUAUCUCUAGUGAAGCCAUGGGCUCCUACCACUGCAAAGCCCAUAGUCCCACAGGAGCCAGCACCAGCAUCUCUCCGUCCAUCAGCCUACGUGUCUUCUAUCCACCCCGCAAGCCUGUGUUGACCUCCUUCCUGGAGACAUCUGAUGGGCAGCUGGGCAUCCUGCAGUGCACCGUGGACAGCAACCCCGCGGCGGAGCUUGCUCUCUUCAAAGGAGACGUGCUCGUGGCUUCCACCACGUGGCCCCAGCCCGUGGCCCCACCGCGGCUCAGUGUGUCCUCCUCGCUCAACAGCCUGCGGGUGAAGAUCCAUGCCGUUGUGAUGGAGGAUGAAGGGGAGUACUUGUGCUUGGCCAGCAACGCCUACGGCAACGCAAGCACCUUGGGGAACUUCACUGCGGGGACUGCCAGGGUCUGGAUCUCCCCCUCCCCGGACGUCCGUGAAGGCGACGCCGUGAACCUGACGUGCGCGGUGGCCCGCAGCGGCCAGGGAGCGCUGAGCUACACCUGGUACAAGGACAACGCCUGGCUCAGCGGCGGCCCGGCCCCGUCGCUCGCCUUCCCCAGCGUGGCCGUCGCCGACGCCGCCUCCUACCGCUGCGCCGUGCAGGGCCCCGAGGGCGCCCGGAGCUCUGCCCCCAGCACCCUCAACGUCCUCUACCCCCCCAGGAACCUGCAGCUGAAGACUUUCCUGGAGACAGGCGAGGGGACGGCGGCUAUCCUCACCUGCACCGUGGAGAGCAACCCGCCCGCCGAGCUCACCCUGCGCAGGGCCGGAGAGCUGCUGGCCACCAACCCGGCGGGCGGCGAGGGGCUGCGGGCCCCCAACACCCUGCGGCUGGAGCUGGGGGCCGCGGCGGCCGAGGGCGAGUACGAGUGCCUGGCGCACAACCCACUAGGCAGUGCCCACGCCUCCCUGCCCCUCCGUCUGCAGACCGUGCGGGUGGUGGUGCGACCCGCGGCCGAGGUGCCCGAGGGGGCCGACGUGACGCUGAGCUGCGAGGCCGUCGGCGCCCGCCCCGGCACCCUCUACUCCUGGUACAAGAACACGCGGUGGCUGGCGGAGGGCCCCGCCGCCACGCUGGCCCUGGCCGCCGUCUCGCCCGCCGACGCCGGCGCCUACUCCUGCCAGGCUGGGAUGGGGCCGGGCGGCCGCCGGGCGCUCCCCGUCGCCCUGCGCGUGCUCUAUGGCCCCCGGGACCUGUCGCUCACGGUCCUCCCGGCGAGCCGGCGGGGGUGGCGGGCCGCGCUGCACUGCACCGUCGACAGCUACCCGCCCUCGGCCCUCGCCCUGCGCCGGGGCACCGAGCCCGCCGCCCUGGCCUCCUCGCCGGGCCCCUCGGACCCGCGCCUGGGCGUCCGGGCGGCGCCCAACUCCCUGCGCGUGGAGCUGCCGGCCGCGCCGCCGCCGGGCGAUGGGCCCUACGUGUGCACGGCCAGCAACGGCCGCGGCACCGCCGCCGCCGCGUCCCUGCGCCUGCCCGCGGAGCCUGUCCGAAUCGCCGUGGAGCCGGCGCCCGAGGUCCCCGAAGGCGCCACGGCCACGCUGACCUGCCGGGCGGCCCCGUGGCUCGGGGACGGGGCCAACUUCACGUGGUACAAGAACGGCCGCUGGCUGGGCGAGGACGCGGCCGGCUCCCUCGUCUUCGCCCCCGUCUCCAGCGCCGACGCCGGAUCCUACCUCUGCCGGGCGAGCGGGGCGCGCGGCACCGCCGCCUCGGCCCCCGCCAGCCUCAGCGUGAGCUACCCCCCCCGGAGCCUCUCUGUUCGCACCUUCCUGGAGAACCGCAGCGGGCGGGUGGGCAUCGUGGCGUGCACCGCCGACAGCCACCCGCGCGCCGCCCUCGCCCUGUACCGCCGCGGGCGCCUGCUCGCCUCCAGCGGAGCCCCCGCCGCCGCCCCCCGGCUCCGCGUCUUCGCCUCCUACAACGCCCUGCGCCUGGAGAUCCGGGACCUGGGGCCGGAGGACGCGGCCGAGUACACGUGCGUGGCCGGCAACGCCGCCGGCAACGCCACGGCCAGCUCCCACUUCGACGUUCGCACGCUCUCCCACCUCCUGGCGUUCACCGUCCUGGCGGGGCUGCUCGCUGCCCUCCUCGGCGCCGCCGCGGUGGCCUUCGCGGCUGUGAGGCUGUGGCCCAGGAUGAGGAAGUUCUGGGGCCUGCCAGGUGCCGAGGACACCUUUGAACUGAGCAGUAAACAGGAGCAGGUGCAGGAGCAGCUGUAGCAGCUUGUGCUGGAACUGCACAGACCCUCCUUGCCUGGCUGGAUCCAGGCCAACGAUGCAAAUUCCCAGCCCUGUGGACUGAGCUGUCGGGGAGAAUACUCACCUGUGGCCUGAGCUGGCAGUCACCGGCCUUGGGAUAACCCAGCUCCAACUCCAUCUUCCCUGCAAGCCCUUGCCUUCUCAGUCCGUCCUCUCCUCCCCCUUCUGCCUCUCUCCUGUCCCUUUCCCCACCAUGGAUGUUGUUCUCACUCCGGGCAUGGUCUCCUGUGCUCGUGACAGUGCAUGGUGCACCAUGUGUGCCAGGCACAGGAAAGCUGUGAUUGCUCAGGGCCCCUCUCUGGCUGCAAAACCCCAGAGGAAUGUUUCUGGGGUGGUGGCAAGAGCCUGGCAUCAGCGUCUUCAACUCCAGCGCUCUUUGGCCCAGACCACUGCAGCAGGGUGCUGCCCAGUUGUGACGCCACAUGGUCUCCAGGUAGCCGGGCCUCCCCACGUGCUACUCAUCUGCCUGGAAAUAAAA